AUGGCUGCUUCCGGCUGCCGACGCGACCGCCGCCGGCCAGCUCUGAGCGGCCAUUGCGACCAGUUCGCUCUAACCCACCCAUGUCAACCAGUGAGCACGCCUGUCCACCUGCUGAUGGACCGUCUCCCAGCAAGGCGAACAAAGUGUCAGCAGGCUGCCGUCGAAUCAUUGAUUUUGCACACCCAUGGGCCUGCAGCUCACCCAAGACAGGACUACCCUGGAAACGUGCAUUGGCGUCCGCAGUCAUGCAUCUACCUUUCUCCUUCUAUCAAUCAAGCCGUAUCGUCUGACUUGCUACCAGGCCCAGAGGGAAACACUUGCCGCAGCAGCCGAAUGCGGAAGCCCAAGUUUAUUGCUGUGGAGCUGCUCAAACCCGUGUUGCCCUUGGCUUGGCGCUGUUCAAUAUCAUUUCCUGCUGCCUUGCCCGUCGCAUUCCCGCGACCCCGACCCUGUCUGUCUCUUCCUCUUCUGACUGAGCUGCGCUGA